AAGCUCCCCGCGCUCGCCUGUGUAACUAAGAGCGACACCACCCUUUCAGCCUCUCUGACGCGGAACCAUAUUUCGACACGCAACUCCUCACAAUUACACGUAACCCCAACCAUGGCGGGCGAUUCUCAAAAUCCCCUUGUGUCCAACACGCGCGCUUCGGACACAAGCCCCACGGUGCAGCUGCACCCGCUGGUGCUUCUCACAAUAACCGACUGCAUUACGCGACAUACACUUCGACAACAAGAAGGACCUUUAGUCGGAGCGAUUCUCGGUCAGCAGAAUGGCCACGAGGUCACAAUGGAAGUUGCGUUCCAGGCAAAGCUGAUGUCGAACCAUCACGGCGACGUGGUUCUCGAUGACGAGUGGUUCAUGAAGCGGUUGGACGACUACAAAGACGUUCACAAGCAACCGCAGCUCGACAUUGUUGCCUGGUUCACGCUCGCCCCGCCCACAGGUCCAACGCCCGAGAUACUACCCAUCCACAACCGCAUAUCAGAGCUCACUGACUCACCGAUUCUGUGCUUGUUCCAUCCCUCCGAUGCCUACUCGGAAGCCACGACCGCCGGAAAGCUGCCACUCACGCUGUAUGAGACCGUUCACGAGAAUGCAGCUGGCGGACCCAACGACAAAGCGAUGGACAUCGAUGGCGCUGUACAGAACAAAGCGCUGAAAUUUAGGGAGCUUGUAUACACAGUCGAGACGGGCGAGGCAGAAAUGAUUGCCGUGGACUUCGUGGCUCGCGGAGGUGGCAACGCUACUGCCGUCGAAGGCUCAUCUGCUGCAUCAAAGGGCAAGGACGGCAAGGCUGCAGAGGAAAAGGAUAGGAAGGCUAAAGGAAAGCAGAAAGAGACGCCAAAAGAAGAGACCAUUGAUGAGUCGGCCGCAUUGACUGCUGAAGACGAGGAGCUGUUGUCAACACUGACCGCAAAGAUGAACGCCAUCCGCAUGCUGAGCCGCCGCAUCUCGCUCCUCCGCACCUACCUCGCCUCUCUCCCGCCAUCCUACCUCUCCGAUCCUUCCCUCCCACUAGACCCAACCCCAUCCAACGACCACCCUCUCCCGCUCAAUCACUCCAUCCUCCGCAGUGUCUCCGCCAUGCUCGCCCGUAUCAACAUUCUUGCACCGCCCGAUGUCGAAGCUUUCACACUCGAGUCUCAACAAGAGGCUUCAGAUGUCCAGCUCGUCCAAUUGCUUUCAUCCAUUACAAACUCGGUGUCUGCAGCGAGGGAUCUGGGCAAGAAGAGCCAGAUUGUUGAGACUGGUAAGAGCCAAUCUCGGAGAGGAGCGGGCGGAAUGGGCUCAAUGAUGGGCGGGGGAUACGAGGGCGGUGGACAGUACUUCGACACGAUCAUGGGAGGGGGAACGUCACGGCAGUUUAGGGCGGACCAAUGGAGCUGAGCUGAGCUCAGUCUUCAAAUCUUGAGUUCUGCAGUCUGCUAACGAGCGGUGUAGAGCGUCGGGUCGGCGGCAAGUCGUCGCUGUCACUUUUGUCCUCGUCGUUGUCCUCCCAAUUGGUGCUCCCGAGAGUACCGGAUCGCGCACUUCGCUGUAGGUCGUCGGAGCCUGGGAACGAGCUUGGAAAUGACGCCGAGGACUGGGAUGUGAAGUUUUGAGCGAGUAGAUGGAUGGCGAAUGGGUGUCGGGAGACAGCGCAUCAGGAACACCCCUGGUACAUAGACUUAUGAAUUACGAAAGCGUUUGCUUGAUGGCUGGCGAUGUGAAAUUGCACAGGGUGUGCGAUUGAUGGACUUGUUGAACACUGCUCAAUGAGAUUUUUCGGUGUUGUCCAUUUGUUGAUGCUCUGGGUGACUGGCUAACU